UAUACGUAAUUACGAAUACAAAUUUUGACACUAAAUACCCGCUUGAAAAUGUUUGCUUUGGUUAUAUCUGUGAUCCUUUCCGUCCUCUAAUUGAGUGACAUUUCCGCGUGUGUUUUUGAAGGAUGCGAUUUAGUAACAGGAAUACAAACUGCAUGAUUGUAAGAGUAAUUUAGGAACAUUUAUAAUUUCUGCUGUAAUUGAACAUUUAAGGAAGGCAAAUGAGGAGACUGGGUGCAACCUGUAAAGCAUUAGGUUGCGCUAGACAUGUAUACCAAUAUAAAUCAUUAAAAUCUCUGUAUCGUGGUCUAGCAAGGAAUGUUGAAAUUCCAGAACCAGAAUUUGAUACUGAUUAUUUGUGUGAAGUCAAAUAUAAACCAGAAAUAGAAAAAAAUAUUCAGCAAAGGAAAGGAAUUGGAAAUAUUAGUCGUGUACACGAGUUGCACAAUAAAUUACAGACUACUUGUCUUAGUGAAGAAAACAGAAGGAAUGUAUUAGAAGAAUUCAAAAAAGAAGCAAUGCAAAUACCAAACAAGACAUGCCCCUUAGUAGCACUUUAUGGCGAUAAUCCCAAAAUAAUUACAGUUACUGGAAAUAAAACUAAAUUUGAUUUCCAACCGAAAGAAUUUAGUGAGAUUACUAGAAUGUUGCAUUUAAUAAGAACUGACAAUCUGUCUAAUCUGUCAGGACAUAAAAGUUAUUAUCUCAUGGGUGAAUUGGCAGAAAUGGAACAUGCACUCAUGUGGUUCACAGUAAAAAGGCUUCUGGCGAAGAAGUUCAAGCUUAUUUCUGUUCCUGAUAUUUUGCCUGCUCAGAUAAUUGAAAGCUGUGGAAUGACCACAAGAGGAGACAGAACCCAGGUUUACACAUUAGAUGAACACUUGUACAAGGGAGAAUACUGUCUGUCAGGCACAGCAGAGAUGGCACUAGCUGGUUACCUCAUGAAUCAAGUAUUUCAUGUAACAAACCUGCCUUUGAGACUUGCUGCAGUCAGCAGGUGCUACAGGGCAGAAACCUCUGGAACACUGGAAGAGAGGGGAAUCUACAGAGUUCACCAGUUCACAAAGGUGGAGAUGUUUGCAGUGACAGAUUGUGACAGUUCUGCAAUGUUGCUGGAAGAGUUUAGAGAGCUGCAGGAAGAGACAUUUGCAAUGCUGGGGCUUCACCUCCAAACUCUAGACAUGCCUCCCCAUGAACUAGGAGCGCCUGCUUUCCGGAAGUAUGAUAUAGAAGCUUGGAUGCCAGGAAGACAAAUAUUUGGUGAGGUUUCCAGUUGCAGUGACUGCACAGAUUAUCAGUCCCGUCGCCUCAACAUCAAGUAUCAGCAGAGAGGUUCUGAUUCACUGUUGCAUGCCCACACAUUGAAUGGAACUGCCUGUGCUAUUCCCCGGAUGCUGAUCGCACUGCUAGAAACACAUCAGCAAGCUGAUGGGACAGUUACAAUACCUGAAGCUCUUCAACCUUAUAUGAAAGGCAAGGUCACAAUCGGCUGCCAGAAUAUCCCCAAAAUGAAGUUUGUCAAGUCAAAGCAUAAGGAGCAAAAACAUAAAAACUGUGACUGAAAGUGGGAUGAAUAUUUUGUAGACUGGUGUCUGAUUUUCAUAGGAGCCUUACUAUUUGGCACUGCACUGUGAAGAUGAGUGCUGCCCAAGGCAGCCCCAUGGCCUAUGUUGCACCUAUCUGCAGUGUAUCACCAUUUUGGCUAGCUGAGAUAUCAUUCAUUGUAUUGUCACAUUGACAGGUAUUCUUUAUAAAUGAAAUAAAAACAUCUAUGCAUAAGAUUGUAUCAUUGUUGUUCAGUGUAAGCAAUUUUAUAUUAUAAUUUAUGUUAAAAUAAAGGUACAAGACAAUAUUAAACUUCUCUUAUUAUGAUGAAGAAGAAGUAAAUGAAAGCUCUUAUGGUCAAUGUUGGUCUCACUGACAGAUUUAAAUAACAUAAAACAGGCCUGAUGAAGAAAUUAAAAUUGGCACUUUCAAAAUCCACAAAUAAUAUCUGAAUAAAAAAUAUGUACAAUAUGAAAUAUACACACGUUCUUGGUAGAAAAUGAACGUUAACUUAUUUACAUAUAUAUUUAUGGUUACUGAAAAUUUUCUUCAUCAUACACGUAUGCACCAUUCCUAUGGUUCGAGCGCAGCAUUUGUAUUAAUCUUUGCUAAAGGCAGCAUGUUCAUAUUUCUAUAACAAAAUAAUUAGUAUAACGGUCUCUCUCUCUUUUUUUUUUUUAGUUAGGUGAACGUCCGUAUUACACAUGUUACAAGUUUUCUAGUUUUGAUAUACACGGUACAAGAAUACAGUUUCUCUAUAAUUUCGAUAUGGUAAUGGUGUGCAGUACAAUUUCGGCCAUUGAUGUUUACAGCCAUAUGACUUCACUCCCGGAUGUGUUCAUAUGAAUUACCACUACACCUAUAAGGGCUUUUCCACAUGAGGCGUUACAUGUAUAUAUGUUUUCACCUAAAUAAGUGCAUGAAGGGUACUUUUAGGAAGCGUGACGACGUUUCUACAUGGUCGUAGGCAUUCCUGCUUAAGACUCAGAAUAUUCUUAACAUCUGGGUUAGCACACGAUUUAUUGCUGCUGCCAUUAUACAGUCUUUCUCCCGUUCCUGUACCUAAUUAUUUUGGAUACAAGUUUCCCAACUAUGAAAGUGGAAGCAACAUUUACAGUCUACUAAAAUAAGGAAUGUCUUACAGGAAAUGUCAGGUAUACACGCUCUCUGUACAUUGCAGAAAAGAAUGCAUUUAAAAUAUCCUUCCCUCAGGUUCAAUUCAUAAGUUACUUUACCUUAAAAAUAAGAUGGUCGCUCCAUAUACAAUGAAUAAGUAUUAUUCAUUGUGUAUUCCUCAAUGUUACUGCAAGUUCUCAGACUUAGCAUAUUGCACUGAUAAUGUGGUCUUCUUACCAUCUACUUGGCAUGUUCAUCUGAGACUUCUUGCAUCAAGUUCACCUUUGAUUUUAAAACUACUCAUGGGAGAGAAGCCAGUCACUGCAUCUCUAAAUCAUAUCAAAGAGCAACAUGCUGAUAAAGGUGCAAUAGUGUAUUGUGCCAUCAUGGCCUCUCAGUCUCCACAAGAAUACUGAACUCUUUGGAACAUAGGGGAACCACAGUUAAAAAUGAACUACCUGCCAUUCUCAGCAGAGGUGCAUACAUGUCAUGAUGGGGACUGUAAUUAUUUAUGCAAUGCUGGCAAUACUGAUUCUGAAUUUGUCAUAUGCUGACCAUGGUGUGGUGAGGGGCAGAUAUGAUAAUAUGGAACGUUUUUUUUUUUUUGCAACAAAAUGUUUUUCAGUACAUUAGGAACACAGAUUACAAUUUAGUAACAAAUGAUGUCAGUACUCAUUUCAGAGUCUAAGCUUGCUGCAUGUACAUGUACAUGUUGUCAUGUAGGUGUGACAGAGGCCUUUUUUUUAUUGCUAGUGGGGUGGGACUAAGUCCCUUGUACUGUGGCCAC